GCUCUCUGCGACGUCGCUCGGCGCUGUUCCGUUUCCUGGUUGUAGUUGUCAAACAGACUGCGCUUUGGCUUUGGUUAACAACCGAUGUCUGAAGUUGACGCCCUGCAUCGCCCCGAGCGAAUUUUAUUCAGCCAAAAAACAAGAAAUCCUGGCCCACGAUGGCGUUCAGGAAGGCUCUGAAACGGACGGCGAUCAUAGGCGGCGGGGCGGUCGCCACGGUUUUUGGCCUGUCGCAGCUGAUCGAGUACAGGAAGAAGCAACACGGAGGGGCUCGGUUAGCCCACGUGGCGGCAGAAGCGGAGCUGAGGGCUCACUUUGCGGACGAGCUUCCCUCUCGGCAGGCCCAGCUCGCGGCGCUGCAGAACACCGAGGAGUUUGACGUCCUGGUUGUCGGAGGAGGGGCCACGGGUGUCGGAUGUGCCUUAGACGCUGUCACACGCAACCUGAAGACUGCCCUCGUGGAGAGAAGCGACUUCUCUUCAGGAACCAGCAGUCGCAGUACCAAGCUGAUCCACGGUGGAGUCCGCUAUCUCCAGAAGGCCAUCAUGAAGUUGGACUACGAGCAGUACAUGAUGGUGAAAGAGGCCCUGCACGAGCGAGCCAACCUGCUGGAGAUCGCGCCUCACUUAUCAGCGCCGCUACCCAUCAUGCUUCCUGUUUACAAAUGGUGGCAGUUGCCUUACUACUGGGCAGGGAUCAAGAUGUACGACCUGGUGGCUGGGAUCCAGUGCCUGAAGAGCAGCUACGUCCUCAGUAAGACCAAAGCCUUGGAGCUUUUCCCCAUGCUGAACAAAGACAAACUGGUGGGAGCCAUCGUCUACUAUGACGGGCAGCACAACGACGCCCGUAUGAACCUGGCCAUCGGGCUCACCGCCGCCCGCUAUGGCGCCACGAUAGCCAACUACACCGAGGUGGUCCGCCUGCUGAAGAAAAAAGACCCACAGACCGGGAGGGAGACGGUGUGUGGCGCCCGGUGCAGGGACGUCCUCACAGGGCAAGAAUUUGAUGUGAAGGCCAAGUGUGUGAUCAACGCCACCGGCCCGUUCACAGACUCGCUGAGGAAGAUGGACAACCAGGAGGCCCACAACAUCUGCCAGCCGAGCGCUGGCGUUCACAUCGUCAUCCCCGGUUACUACAGCCCUGACAACAUGGGCCUGCUCGAUCCGGCGACAAGCGACGGACGUGUCAUCUUCUUCCUGCCCUGGGAGAAGAUGACCAUCGCCGGGACGACUGACUCGCCCACCAACGUGACGGCCCACCCAAUCCCGGGAGAGGACGACAUCAACUUCAUCCUGAGUGAGGUCCGCAACUACCUCAGCCCUGACGUAGAAGUGCGCCGAGGAGACGUGUUGGCAGCGUGGAGCGGCAUCCGUCCCCUGGUGACCGACCCCAACUCUAAAGACACUCAGUCCAUCUGCAGAAACCACAUUGUCAGCAUCAGCGACAGCGGACUGGUCACCAUCGCUGGUGGGAAGUGGACCACCUACAGAUCCAUGGCUGAGGAGACUCUGGAUGCAGCUGUCAAAGCCCACGGCCUCUCAACCGAACCCUGCAAGACUGUGGGUCUGGUGCUGGAGGGAGCCAAAGGCUGGACGCCGACCCUCUACAUCCGCCUGGUGCAGGACUACGGUCUGGAAAACGAGGUCGCUCAGCACCUGGCCUCCACAUACGGAGGAAGGGCCUUCGACGUGGCCAAGAUGGCGCAGGUCACCGGGCAAAGAUGGCCAAUCGUGGGGAAAAGACUGGUGUCAGAGUUCCCUUACAUCGAGGCCGAGGUGCUGUAUGCGAUUAAGGAGUACGCCUGCACCGCCAUCGACAUUAUCGCCCGACGAACACGCCUGGGCUUCCUGAACGUGCAGGCGGCUGAUGAGGCUCUCCCGCGCAUCGUGCAGAUCAUGGGCAAAGAGCUGGACUGGAGCCAGGAGAGGAGGACGGCGGAGCUCGAAGCAGCCAAGAAGUUUUUGUACCAAGAGAUGGGCUACAGGUCUCGCUCUGAGCAGCUGACCAAGACGUCCGAGAUCAACCUGGACUACCAGGAAGUAGUCAGGUACAAGAAGCGCUUCCACAAGUUCGACAAAGAGCGCAAAGGAUUCAUCACCACUGUGGACGUGCAGCAAGUUUUGGACAGCAUCAAUGUCCACAUUGAUGAAAAUGCACUCCACGAGAUCCUUAAUGAGGUGGACCUCAACAAGAACGGACAAGUUGAAAUUGAUGAAUUCUUGCAGGAAGCAGCUGAUGAGCGCCGUGAAGAAGGGCCAAGUGUCGGACAGCCGCCUGGCCAUUCUGCUGAAAUCGGCGGAGGAGACUCUGGAUAAGAGAGGGCCGGUGACGGUGGACCGGAGCGGCGGCGGCGUCUGAGCCCGAGACGAGGAGCGACUUGCCAAGGAAACCUGCAGCUGCUGGUCCUUUUAUAGCAAUGAUAACAAAACAAAACAAAACAAGAGUCUCAUGCAAAUGGAUCUAUUUGAAUGACAAUAAUGCAAUCAAGCAGGUGUCAGGAUGAAUUUGGCCAAAUCAAGUGUAGACCAGCACUGCUGCAGAGUGUGUGGGGUGAAAUAGUAUCUAAUGAUUGAUUUGUUUUUCAUGAAGUCAGUGAGUGGGUCUGUCUGUCUGUCUGUCUGUCUGUCUGUCUGUCUGUCUGUCUGUCUGUCUGUCUGUCGUUUGUCCUCAGUGGACUGAUUGCUUCUCAACAUCAGGUGCCUCUGAUCCUACACAGCACACAAUGCAUCUGUUUUAUACUGUCUUUUUAACUCUUUGAUCUUUUUUAUCAUAAUGGAGAAACACUGUCCUCAACUCGAUUCAGCUUUGUCAGAUGGCAGGUCCGUUAUUUUCCCAUGAUUCCCUGAAACUUUCCUGGAGAGAACGAUGUAAGUCAUGUUUUCUGUGAGUGCUCUUCACACACACUUAUCCUGGAAAAAAAAAAACACUGAAAAGAGAGGUUAAAAGCUCCUGAGUGGCUUGUGGCUCGGAUCAGGAACAAAGGACGCACUUCACGCAAAUGAAAAAGGAAAUUCCAGUUGUUUAUUUUACCUGUCGUUAGUAACAAAUUACUCGUUCUUUCCAGGAAGCUUCCUAUAAAUGCAUGUUAAGAAGUAGUAGUCAGGUAAUUUGAGGCCUGUUCUUAUGAUCUGGCUCAUCUGGGUCUCUCUUCUUUCUUGUCUACUGUGUUCUGAUACUGAGGUUUACAUGACAAGGUUUUCCAGCUUUAGAGUUACUGAGGAAGACGCUUUUUAAUCACUGCUCGGUUCUUUUAUUAUUUAUACCUGUUUAUUCCUGUCGUUUACAGACGUACACUUACGGAGAUAGCAGCUCCAAAACCAGGAUCUCAAAGGGACUAAAAGUAAUUUUAUUUGCUGUGCCGCAUGCUAUAUGUUAGCUCUUCUCUUAAUAAUGUCAAGCAAAAUCUUUAUUGUUACGUGUUUUUUUGUCUUAUCUGUAAUCAAAAUGCUGUAUUUACGCACAUCUCGUCCGCCUGCUGAGUCCGUCAGCAGCAGAUCGAUCACAUGUAAUUCUGCACGCUUAGUUUAUGUGAGGAAAAUAAGACGUUUGUAAUCCAGCAUGGACCUUUCAAAGCAUGUGAAUGUAUGAUACGUACCUUGAUGUGCCUAAGACAUUUUCACGAUGCCACACUCUGUUAACACAGGAGAUUAUGUUAAGAAUGUAAAGAUAUUUAAAUAACAGUUAUAGAAUAGUCAAUAUAUUGUAUGUUGUUUUUUUUCAUUUAAUUUAGUCAAAGUUCUGUGCAGCCCUGGAAUUUUAUUUUGUUAAUCAGCUUCUUCCACCAACAUGGCGCUCUUCCUCUGUUGAAGGCUUUAUAUUGUAAAAGAAGUGUGUGUGCAGACUGUGAUCAUGUGAUCGUGUUAUGGACUUGUUCUCAUGCAGCGAACAGCAUCAUUCCCUGUAACUGUCAGUGCGGUCAGCGUGUGCUCACAUGGGGGUUCAGCGACAAUGAGGACCCUUCAAGCUGCCAGGAGUCACUCAUGGGCACAACGACUUCUCCUUUGGAUGAAAUUACAGCUUUAUCCAGACUCAAAGAGAAUCAUAUUCUUAUCCACCAAUACUGUAAGAAUACUGUGAGUCUUCAGGUUAAAAAAAAAAAAAUAACAAAACAAAACACAAAGCAAUUAUCUAAUUAAAGGUAUCUGGUUGCUCUUU